AUGGGAGGCUGUUGUAGUUGCUUGAGGGAUAGUUCAGAUGAGGCAAGCGUUCUCCCCAUUGCCGAUAACGAAAGAGAGGCAGUUACGUUACUUCUUGGAUAUUUAGAAGAUAAGGAUAGGUUUGAUUUUUAUUCUGGCAAACCACUAAAGGCUCUAACUACGUUGGUUUAUUCCGAUAAUCUAAAUUUACAACGUAGUGCGGCAUUAGCAUUUGCAGAGAUUACGGAGAAGUAUGUUCGUCCUGUAUCGAGAGAUGUUUUAGAACCAAUCCUCAUAUUGUUGCAAAGUCAAGAUCCUCAGAUACAGGUUGCUGCAUGUGCAGCUUUGGGUAAUUUAGCUGUUAACAAUGAAAAUAAAUUGUUGAUUGUGGAAAUGGGCGGAUUGGAACCAUUGAUUAAUCAAAUGAUGGGUAAUAAUGUUGAAGUUCAAUGUAAUGCAGUAGGCUGCAUUACUAACUUGGCAACUCAAGAUGACAACAAACACAAAAUUGCUACUUCUGGUGCAUUAGUACCUUUAACCAGGUUGGCAAAAUCUCAACAUAUAAGAGUUCAAAGAAAUGCCACUGGUGCUUUACUAAACAUGACACAUUCAGAGGAGAAUAGAAGAGAAUUGGUUAAUGCAGGUUCUGUUCCAGUUCUCGUUUCACUUUUAUCAAGUGCUGAUCCUGACGUCCAAUAUUAUUGUACUACUGCAUUAUCAAACAUUGCAGUUGAUGAGUCAAAUAGAAAGAAAUUGGCGCAGACUGAACCACGUUUGGUAUCUAAAUUAGUGGCCCUAAUGGAUUCGCCAUCUUCCAGAGUUAAAUGUCAGGCAACAUUGGCAUUAAGGAAUUUGGCAUCAGAUACUUCAUAUCAACUGGAAAUUGUGAGAGCUGGUGGAUUGCCUCACUUGGUUAAAUUGAUUCAAAGCGAUUCAAUGCCAUUAGUUUUGGCAAGUGUUGCUUGUAUUAGAAACAUAUCUAUUCAUCCAUUGAAUGAGGGUCUAAUAGUUGAUGCGGGUUUCUUAAAGCCAUUGGUUAGACUACUAGAUUUUAAAGAAUCUGAAGAAAUUCAAUGUCAUGCUGUUUCAACAUUGAGAAAUUUAGCAGCUUCAUCAGAACGGAAUCGUAAAGAGUUUUUCGAAAGUGGUGCCGUGGAAAAAUGUAAGGAGUUGGCAUUGGAUAGUCCGGUUAGCGUACAAAGUGAAAUUUCUGCAUGUUUUGCCAUCUUAGCGUUGGCUGACAUUUCCAAGCUGGAUCUCUUGGAUGCAAACAUCUUAGACGCUUUAGUACCAAUGACUUAUUCUAAUAAUCAAGAAGUUUCGGGUAAUGCUGCUGCUGCUUUAGCUAACCUCUGUUCCCGGAUCAAUAAUUAUACUAGAAUUAUUGAAGCUUGGGGCAUUCCUAAUGGUGGUAUUAGAGGAUUUUUGGCAAGAUUUUUACACAGUGAUUAUGCAACUUUUGAACAUAUCGCAUUGUGGACAAUUUUACAGUUGCUAGAAAGUCAUAACGAUAAAGUAGCAGAAUUAGUGAAAAAUGAUAAAGAAAUAAUUAAUGGGGUUAAAAGAAUGGCAGAUAUUACUUUUGAACGUUUGCAAAGAUCAGGUUCAGACGGUAAGAAUAAUGAUCACGAUUUGGCAGAUUCUAAAUCUUCGGAAGCUGCAGAGGAUGCAAGCGUAGAGUUGUAUAAUAUUACACAACAAAUCCUGCAGUUUCUGAAUUGA